UCGAGACGGGCCGAACGCGUUAAUUGCGGGCGAGCGCGGCAGAUCGAUAAGAUUCGCGACCAAUGGGGUUGAAAUGGGGAGGAGUGGGCGAAGCCUCGGAGGACCUGCGUCACAGUCCAGACGCUACGCUGAACAUCUUGGCCGCUCUUAAGGCCGCACGCUGUCGGUAUACACGCAUACACCCACUCACCAGCACAUACUAACAUGGUUGAGGUGAAGAACAAAGUCUGCCUCAUCGUUCACGAUGGAUGGGGCAUUGCACCGGAGAAGAACAUGAAGGGGGAUGCCAUCUCGGCUGGAGACACGACGAACAUGGACACCAUUGCCAAGGAUCACAGCGUACGGACUCUCCAAGCGCAUGGUAUAGCUGUCGGUCUCAGCGAUGGCUCAUGGGUAACUCGGAAGUCGGGUGACCACCUGAACAUCGGUGCUGGACGUAUCGUCUGGCAAGACAUCGUCAAGAUCGACGUGUCUAUCAAAAAGAAGCAGUUCCACAAGAAUGAGGUCAUCCUCGAGAGCUGCAAGCACGCAAAGGAGGGCAACGGCCGGCUCCAUUUUCUCGGCUUGAUUUCCGAUGGUGGUGUUCACUCACAUAUCAACCACCUCUACGCUCUGCUCGAGACCGCCAAGGAGCAGGGCGUCCCGCAUGUCUACAUCCAUUUCUUCGGUGACGGGCGCGACACCGCACCUCGGUCCGCUGCUGGCUACGCAAAGGACCUGCUCGCCUUCAUUGAGAAGGAAAAGUACGGCCAGAUCGCGACCGUCGUUGGCCGCUACUACGCGAUGGACCGUGACAAGCGUUGGGAGCGAGGCGAGGGAGAGAAGGGCGAGGACGUCGUCAAGGCGAUCGAGGAGAGGUACAAGAAGGAUGAGACGGAUGAGUUCUUGAAGCCCAUCAUCGUGAACGGUGACGAGGGUCGUAUCAAGGAGGGGGACACAUUGUUCCUAUUCAACUACCGCUCUGACCGCGUGCGUGAGAUCGCGACUGUGCUGGGCCUUCCGGACAAGCCGAUGGAGGUCGAUGUCCCCAAGAACCUCCACAUCAGCACGAUGUCGCGGUACAAUGCAGAGUUCCCCUUCCCUGUUGCGUUCCCUCCCCUGCCAAUGACCAACGUUCUUGCCGAGUGGCUUGCGAAGGAGGGUGUCAAGCAGGCACAUGUGGCCGAGACGGAGAAGUAUGCGCACGUCACGUUCUUCUUCAAUGGUGGUGUCGAGAAGCAGUUCGCAGCCGAGGAGCGGCAUAUGAUCCCCUCGCCGAAGGUCGCGACCUACGACAAGGAGCCCAAGAUGAGCGUGCAAAGUGUCGCGGACAAGGUCGCGGAGAUCGUCAAGAAGGGCGACCAUGAAUUCGUCAUGUGCAACUUCGCACCACCGGAUAUGGUCGGGCACACUGGCAUUUACGAUGCCGCUGUUGAAGCCAUCUCGCAUACCGACGCGGCUGUCGGCACCGUAUACAAGGCGUGCCAGGAGGCAGGCUACAUCCUUCUGAUCACGGCCGACCACGGUAACGCGGAGCAGAUGGUCAACCCGCAGACGGGCGCGCCACACACCGCGCACACGACGAACCCUGUACCGUUCAUCAUGACUGGCGACCCGAAGAAGCUCAAGUUCACGGUGGACAAGAAGGACGGCGAGGAAGAGGAGGGCGCGCUAUGCGAUGUUGCCCCGACCGUGCUGGAUAUCCUGGGUCUUGGCAAACCGGAAGAAAUGAGCGGCCGCUCCCUCCUUGCUCACGAGUGAAUAUAGAGUGCGUCAAGAGGAAGU